CGAGGUAUGCGUAGCCGCGCACGACGCGAUGACACGGAGAAAGUCUAGAGCCUGUUUGGGUGGACAGCGUUUAAAGCGUUUGGAAACUCUAUGAAAAGAAAAGAAAGUAUUGCUUGACUGGCUGUAUGGAUCAGAUAUAGUUGUAUUCACAUUUAUACGUGGCCUUUAAAAUUCACAACUUAAUAUGGAUUUCAAUGUCAAAAGAUUAGCUGCGGACGCAGGCACUUUUCUCAGCCGUGCUGUUCAAUUCACAGAGGAGAAGCUGGGCCAAGCAGAGCGGACGGAGCUGGACGGCCACCUGGAGAACCUGCUGCUGAGAGCAGAGAGCACCAAGCUGUGGACCGAGAGAGUCCUGAAGCAGACGGAGGUGCUGCUGCAGCCCAACCCCAAUGUGAGAAUAGAGGAGUUCCUGUAUGAGAAGCUGGAAAAGAAGGCUCCCACACGCAUGAACAACCAUGAGCUGCUGGGACACACCAUGAUCGAGGCUGGGAGCGAGUUUGGUCCCGGCACAGCCUACGGAAACGCCCUCAUCAAAUGUGGCGAGACGGAAAAGCAGAUAGGAGGAGCUGAGAGGGAGUUCAUCCAGUCCUCUGCCAUCAACUUCCUGACACCCUUCAGGAACUUCCUGGAGGGAGAUUUCAAAACCAUCUUGAAGGAGCGCAAGCUGCUGCAGGUGAAGCGUCUGGAUCUGGACGCUGCCAAGACCCGGCUGAAGAAGGCCAGAGUAGCAGAUGCCAGAGCAGUGGCGGAGCAGGACCUCAGGAUGAUCCAGAGUGAAUUUGACAGACAAGCUGAGAUCACCAGGCUUCUACUGGAGGGAGUUAGCAGCACACAUGCACACCACCUGCGGUGUCUGGAUGACUUUGUGGAAGCCCAGACAACCUACUACGCCCAGUGUUACCAGUACAUGGUGGACCUCCAGAAACAACUGGGGAGCUUCCCCUCCACCUUCUCCAACAACAACCAGUCUUCCGGCUGCUCUGGUGCCAGCAUCUCCGUGCCGACCAUUCCAGUGUCGUCAUCCGUGCCCAGCCCGGGACAGGUGCGCGGAGAAAUCAACGAGCUGAAGUCUGGCAGCCGCAAGGCUCGCGUGCUGUACGACUAUGACGCUGCUGGCAGCAGUGAGCUCUCCCUCCUGGCUGAUGAGGUCAUAAUGGUGAGUGUUGUCCCAGGCAUGGACUCUGAUUGGCUGAUGGGUGAGCGGGGGAGCCAGAAGGGGCGGGUACCCAUCACCUACCUGGAGCUACUCAACUGAAACCACCGCUUCCCCGCCCCCUACGAAACACCGCUCCAAACUACCGCUCCCUCCAAAACACCGCCCCACCCCCUACGAAACACCUGCUCCGAAUAUUUAUACUCAUAUUUAUAUUUUGUGGCAGGGUCACAUGCACACUUCCAUUCUGUCAAAUUGACCUAAUUCAAGAGCUUGAACCCUGAGGCUGUUGUCCUGUUUGAGCUAGGUCUCAUUAUGGAGGACGGAGACAUCACACAUGUGGUCCUCAGUAGAUUUCAGUUAACCAGCAGAAUAUGAAUGGAAGUGUGAUAGGCUCGAUGCUUGCUGUUUGUUAGUGUUUAUAUAAGCCGCUUCUCUGCUUCUCCUACAAUACAUGGCAACAAUCUUCCAGAACCUUCCUACACCUGUUCCUGUUGUUUACAGCCCUCCUGACUCUGGUGGCCUUCAAAGCUCUCAUGUCAUUUCUUUAUUCGAUAUCAGUCCAGUUUGAUAUCUGGGUGAACUGCUAUACACUUGUUUUAAUACUUGCAUCAAAAAAGCACUUUUUGAAUAGAAAGACAGAUCUGAACAUUUCUUUUUAAAAGUCUUAAAGAGUGUUAUUUUAUAGUUUUCUUUGUUAUGAUGUAAGUGCCAUGUUUGUUUGGUCAUCGUGUAUAUCCUGUUCACAGAGGGAGGCUUGAUCAGGAGCAGGUUCUGUCACAUUCAGAAGAGGGUCUGUCCUCUGGGCCCUGAGCAUUUCUCUUCAGGGAAGACCCCAGUGAUUAAAUCAUGUCUAACCCUAACCCCUGUGUUCCUAACCUGUAGUUGCCAGAAGCCACAGGAAGUACUUUCAACCAGAGAAGCAUUUUAAACCGGAGAACUAUUUUGAAACCCUAAUCGAUAUUUGUAUUUAGAGAAUUAUGGACCAGUAAACAAAUAUUUGUACUCUAUGAAGUGGAAGGGGGUUCUGGUUAAUUCUGGAUGAUGCAGCAGCUGUUGUAAUACACUAGGCCUGUUGUCACGCUUCAAACUGCAAGGAUGUUUGUCUAAGUUAUCAUCUCCUACUAAAAUAGUUUAGUUUAAUUGCCUCUUGUUUCCUCAGCCCUGUUCACAAACGUACACAAUCAUUGUGUCGUUUCUUCUGGAAGUAGUACAUUAUAAUGGCUUAUUGCUGCUCAUUGUUCUGUUGUUUAUCUAUGCAACAAUGUAUUAAAGUAAGAAAACAUGUC